AUGACCAGCCAGACACGACGCGAGUCAGAUAUCACCAUCGCAGAGCUAGCUCGUGUGCCCGCUUCUCGGGCCUCUGUCGCUGCCCCUACUGCCACACAGACAGAAGGACCUCCGCCUAUGGUUCUUCAUCUCGAUCGGCUUCGGCGGAACCGGAUGCCGGAGAGCGAGGUCCAAGCUGAACCUCAUCGGCCCAGGCGAUCCUCCCGGUGGUCCGUCCUAUCGACCACACCUACGGUCGUCGAGCCCACUGCAGCUGCAGCUCCGGCCGCUCCAGAAAGGACGGAGCCUCGGCGCCCCACCAUCAAGGAGGUCGUACGCAAGCAUCCUCGGAAUAUCACCUAUGCGUCGAUCCUCGCGGCGGCAUUCAUCGGGAUGGUGGCGGGCUGGGCGGUGUAUCUGAGCGUGAAGCGGACAGGCGAUGCGCGGCAGGACGCAUAUCGGGGAAGUUUGGUGGUGAACGGGCUCUUUGUUGUCGUCCUCAUCAUCCUCUUUAUGCUCAGCGGGCGGCAAUUCCUCUUCAUCUACCGUCUUUUCCGUCCAUUAGCACCCCACCAAUCCCCCUCACUCCCUCCAUGGCUUGUCGGCCGCCCUCCUACCUACCGUGAGGCGCUACGUACAGGCGGAAGAGGAACGGGCGAUGUGGAGGAUGGGAUCAUUGCGCAGAACGAGUCGCUGCCAAAGUAUGGGGAGACGAUCGGGUCAACCUUGUUGGCGAGGAGUCAGAGCAGGGGCGGGGCGGUCGAGAUGGCGCAGGUUGAGAGGGCGCCGAGCGCGGAGGCGACUGUACAGGAGGGGCAGGUUGCUAUUCCCGUACAAGUCGUGGAUGAGCCGGUCGCUCCGCAGGCGGAUGUGGGGUCUCAGCGGGAAGCGGAGGCAAGGCAGAUCGAGGAGGCGCGGAGGUUGCAGGCGGAUGUCCCGGGGUGCAGUGUGGCGAAUCGAACGUUACCAAGCGGAAACGAGCAGGAGCAGUGGGAGGACGUUGCGCUGGAUAGGAAGGUCAGGGAUGAAGAAUCUAGAUAG